AUGCCAGUUUUCGGAGAGCGUAAUAUUACGUCCAUUACUAUUAAAGUUAAUCAAUUAUCAACCCCACAGGAGGAUGACUCUGAUAAGCCAAUUGAACUUUACUUAUCGGACUUAAUACAUUUAAUUCAGAUACAGCCCACUACUGGGGCGUCUGAAGCUGCUAGGGCUAUUAGAAAGAAGAUAAAAUAUGGAGAAUCUGUUAAGGUCCAAUUAAAGGCUCUAAGCGUUCUCGAGUUGUUGGUUUUAAACUCAGGGCCGAAAAUCGGACCUACGAUAGCUAGAGAUGACAAGUUACACGAUGUAUUGAAAGGCAUAAUUAAUGGUAGCGGUAAGACAGGUUCGGGAACAAGUUAUCAUGUUGAUGUCCAGCGCAAGGUUAGAGGAUUAGCCAGAGGAUGGAAAUCUGAAUUAGCAGAUAUGAGUGACUAUAAGCCAUUGGCAACGUUAUGGAAAGCGAUUCCAGGGGUGAAACAUGGCAGGACGCAUUCUAGAAAUACUAGUGAAAACGUAUUUGGGUCUGAAAUAGAUGACCAGCCGAAAUCACCAAGAGCUCCGAGUCACAAGAAGGUUCCACCACCCCGUCCAGCCAAAUCAUCGCCAUAUUCGGCCACAAACGAGGAUCCCAAAAAUACAAAAGGUAAGAAGAAGAAGAGAAGAAGAAAGACCCGAGGUGUACGUUAUGCUGAUGAAGAAUAUCAAAUCCCUCAAAUUAACUACAGUGUUGAGUCUCCUAGAAUUAGAACUGUCAUUGCAGAUUGUCAUACGCAUACAACUACGUUAAAUAAUCUUUUAAUGUCAUUCCCAUCAGGAAUGUCACCAUUGGAUGAUGAGAAGUGCUCGAGCGAAUUCGACAAGUGUCGCUCUAUAAGACGGAAAGUCUUGAGAUACUUGCAAUAUGUUGGUGCAGGAGACACAACGACAAAAAGUGAUGAAGUCCUAGCUAUGGAUGAAGAGUUCUUAGGAAGCUUAAUUGUCGCCAAUGAACAAUUGGUGGAUGCUUUCAAGAAUUUCGACAAGGCUUGUGGUUAUACGGCAGAAAAUCCAGCACCAAACUAUGAUGACGACGAUGUCGAUAGUGAAGGAUACGAGAGUUAUUAUACUGACGAAUCAUCAGAUACUGAGCAGGUCACAGAUGACUUGUCCAAUGUAAAUUUAGCAGAGGAAGGCCCCUCAAGUGCAUUGCAAGGUAAAAAGUCUCCACCUCCAAUCCCUAAAACAAAGCCAACCGGUUAUACGAACAAAAACCUUACCAAAGUUGAAACUAAUGCGAGUAUUUCCAGUGACCCCUUUGGUGAUAAGAAUGAAGUAUGA